CCCUGCAUUCACUAUAUCCGCUCUCCCAGGACCCUGCAUUCACUAUAUCUGCUCUCCCAGGACCCUGCAUUCACUAUAUCGCUCUCCCUGGACCUGGCAUUCACUAUAUCUGGCCUCCCCGGACCCUGCAUUCACUAUAUCCGCUCUCCCGGACCCUGCAUUCACUAUAUCCGCUCUCCCUGGACCCUGCAUUCACCAUAUCCUGUCUCCCCGGACCCUGCAUUCAUUAUAUCCGCUCUCCCUGGACCCUGCAUUCAUUAUAUCUGGUCUCCCCAGACCCUGCAUUCACUGUAUCCGGUCUCCCUGGACCCUGCAUUCACUAUAUCCGCUCUCCCAGGACCCUGCAUUCACUAUAUCUGGCCUCCCCGGACCCUGCAUUCACUAUAUCCGGUCUCCCCUGACCCUGCAUUUACUAUAUCCGCUCUCCCCGGACCCUGCAUUCACUAUAUCUGGUCUCCAAGGACCCUGCAUUCACUAUAUCUGGUCUCCCCGGACCCUGCAUUCACUAUAUCUGGUCUCCCAGGACCCUGCAUUCACUAUAUCUGGUCUCCCCCAGACCCUGCAUUCACUAUAUCUGGUCUCCCCGGACCCUGCAUUCACUAUAUCUGGUCUCCCCGGACCCUGCAUUCACUAUAUCUGGUCUCCCAGGUCCCUGCAUUCACUAUAUCCAAUCUCCCCGGACCCCGCAUUCACUAUAUCUGGUCUCCCACAUUACACACAACAUGUAAAUGCAAUUAUUUUAGAAAAUAUAAGCUGCUAAAUACCUUUUCUCAUCAGCAGUAUAUAGCAGUCUUGUGACUUCUAUUAGUGUCCAGCAGAGCACUGGUUAAAAGCUUGUAGAAGGAGUUUUCUUUCUGCUCUAGGAAGAUGCAGAACCCCUGACCUCUGUCUGGACAGUGCUGAUCACAUGCACUCUCCCAAGAAAUGAAAAACUCUCUAGCAAUGCCACCAAAUGAGCAUGUGCAGAGUGUCUUCCACACGAUAUGUCUUAUCAGGAGAUAAGAGGGGGACACUGUAAAAAGGGGAGGAUCAGAGUAGACAGGAUCAAGCAGCAUUUUUACACAAUGCAGAGGAUU